GGCGCGACCAUUGCCGCGCGUUCGCUGGACGCAUGCGCGUUGCUUUUGCCUUUCUCGUGGCGCGAAAACGCAGUUCGAUAUUUGAAUAAAAAGUUCAUGAGAAAAUACUUCAUAUUGUAAUUUUUUAUUACAAUAUUUUAGUUUGAGUGUUUGUGUUAGUUAUAGAAAAUAAUCAAAAUGAAAUAUAAGGUCAAAGAUGUUGAGAGUGACAGUCAGAGUUCGAACGCAAUGCCGGACUGCAAGCUGGAAGAGAAGCUGGAACGCACUGUGCGGCGGUCGUCUGUGCUGAUCUGCGCGCUGGUGCUGUCGCUGGCGGCGCUGGGCGGAUACACGGCGGUGCUGCUCCUCGCAGAUCACUCAACCACGACACCAUGCCUCAGCGAGGAGUGCGUCGGCACUGCCUCCAGGAUAUUAUCAUCACUGAACAGAGAUGUGGAACCGUGCACUGACUUCUACGAGUUCGCGUGCGGUGGCUGGAUCAAGAAGAACAACGUGCUGCUCAGCGUGCAGGUCGCUGAGGACGUCCGCAACACCAGCAGGAACCGUGUCGUGGUGGAGCAAGUGUCACCAGGGUUCAGCGAGCGCUACCUGCUGCAAGCGCAGCAGUUCGCGCACGAGCUGGCUCAGUACGAGCAGUACAUCCGCGACAUGGUCUCCGUCGCUGACCCCGACGUUGACGCGCAGCGCUUCGCGGACGACAUCAUCACCUUCAGCAAGAGCCUCGCCAAGAUAAUGACCCCGAUGGAAGUCCGCCGCAGCGGCACGCACCUCUUCCACGAGGUCAGUCUGUCGCAGCUGCUGCAGGGCACGGCGGGCGGGCCGCCGCAGUGGACACAGCACAACUGGGAGAAAUACUUGAAGCUGGUGUUCGCCAACACGAGUGUGACUUUGGACCCCAUCACCGACCGCAUCAUCGUCAUGGACCUCCCCUACCUGCAGAAGUUGUCCGUGCUGCUCAACGAAACAGAGCCUGUUGUUGUUGAACGUUUCCUGUGGUGGAGCGUGUUCUCGACGGUGGCGCCGAUGACGCUGCGCUCCAACUCGGAAGAGUUCGCGGAGGCGUGGCGCUGCCCGCGCGGCUCCCCCAUGAACCCUCCCCACAAGUGCGUGCUCUGGUAA